UUAACGCGUUUAUAUGAAUUAAUACCCAUCUCUCUCCGAUAAUCACAGUACAAUUUAUUGAGGCAACUUGGAAAUUAAAAAACACACCUGAUUGGAUCCCCACUUGCGCUUUUGGUACAUAAUAAAAAUAGGUUUAUAUAUUGGCUAUUUAAAAAAAAAAAAAAAGAGAAGACAGAGACAUAUUUGCUUCUCCAUAAAAGCACAAGUUUGUGGUUGUGAUUGAUACCCAUAUAUAUAUACAUAUAAAUAUAUAGUCUUAACCUUCUCAUAUAGCUAGAGAGAGAAAGUGAGUGUUUGUGUGUGUGUGUUUAAUGGCAUUAGAAACAGAGCUUUUUCAACAAGACCCUUUUGGCUAUAUUAUCAGUGGUCUCAAUAAGGAUUUGCACGCCAUGGUAGGCGGUAGUGGUGGUGGUGGACCUUGGAACUAUGGAUACGUUUUUCAAGAAAACGACAUGAGUAUCCACUAUAAUGACCUAACAAACGACAACAGGUUUGUGGGACAUGGUUUCAAUAAUGUUCUCAUGGAUUUGGAAAGUAUAACUUCACCCUCUUCCAUGGAACUUCAAGGCUUAAACAACAAUCAUCAUCGUCGUCAUCAUCAUCACGACGCACCAAAAUUUUCCUCCGCCGCAGAAUACUUCACCGGAAACUAUAGAAGCAGUACGACUACCCUCGAUGGAGGGCCACAAAGCCACAUGUUUUCUCCGGCCGCCGAAACUACUCCAGCAACCACGGCCACUACCACCGUCCGGCGGAAACGACGUCGUAUUAGAAGCGUCAAGAACAAGGAAGAGGUUGAGAAUCAGCGGAUGACGCACAUUGCGGUGGAACGCAACCGGAGGAAACAGAUGAACGAUUACCUCGCCGUCCUCCGAUCCAUGAUGCCCUCUUCUUACGUCCAAAGAGGAGACCAAGCAUCGAUUGUAGGAGGAGCCAUAAAUUUCGUGAAGGAGCUUGAGCAACUUCUCCAAUUCUUAGAAGCCCAAAAACGAAGUAGUACAACAAAGAAACAAUCACCAUCAGUAUCAGAUCAAUACCAUUCAUCAGAUUCCGAUUCCUCUAAUUCUCUCUUCUCCGACUUCUUCAUCUUCCCUCAAUACUCAACGUGUUCCUCCAAUAAAACGAUUGAUCAAACAAAUUCAACGGCAGAGAAACGAUCCGCCGUAGCUGACGUGGAAGUAACAAUGGUGGAGAGUCAUGCCAAUAUAAAAGUGCUUCAGAAAAGUCAUCAUAAUCAGCUUUUGAAGAUGGUAGUAGGCUUGCAGCUUCUGCGCCUAGUGGUUCUUCACCUCAAUGUCACAACAGUUGAUAAUAUGGUUCUUUACUCUUUCAGCGUCAAGGUUGAAGAUGAUUCUCAUCUAACCUCAGUGAAUGAGAUUGCAGCUUCUGUGUUUGAAAUGGUGGGUAGCAUCCAAGAAGAAAGCUGUUUAAGUUAGAUGAGUAUAUAUGUGAUGAUCUUGUGACUUUGGCAACAUUAUUAUAUAUAUAUAUAUAUCAUAUUUUGUCUUUGUUACAUGACAAUUAACUGUGGGAUCAAUAUGACUUUUUUUUUCCUUUCAAAUCUUUAA